UUUAUAAUCGUUCAGCUUAGUUUUAUGAAAUAGAUUUGUUUUAAAUAAAAAUGAUUCGCAAAUUGCAUGGCAUAUUGCGAUUGCAUAGCACAGUUAAUCAAACACGCAUUAGACAGCGAGCGCCCACGCUCUUCGCCAGAAAUUAUGCCACGGACGAGGCCAACGAGAAUGCCAACACAGAAGAUCCAAAGAGCAGCAAAAAGAACAAUGCCGGCACGUCCAGAAGCCUGCCUGCUAUACGAAAUCCGUUUGCAGCUGCGCAGGAGAAGACCAAAAAUUCGUAUCUGACAAUGGUCGAGAUCUUUGCGGAACGCGAUGUGCACCGGCGGAACCAUGUCGAGUUCAUAUAUGCCGCACUCAAGCACAUGCCCGACUUUGGGGUCGAGCACGAUUUGGAGGUCUACAAGGCGUUGAUAGAUGUUAUGCCCAAGGGAAAGUUCAUACCGACGAACCUGUUUCAGGCCGAGUUCAUGCACUAUCCCAAGCAGCAGCAGUGCAUCAUUGAUUUGCUCGAGCAGAUGGAGGACUAUGGCGUUAUGCCGGACUACGAAAUGGAGGCGAUGCUGUUGAAUGUGUUUGGCAACAAGGGACAUCCGCUGCGCAAGUACUGGCGCAUGAUGUACUGGAUGCCCAAAUUCAAGAAUCAAUCGCCAUGGCCGCUGCCCGAUCCCGUGCCCGACGAUACGCUAGAAAUCGCCAAGCUGGCCGUGGAGCGCAUGUGCACGGUAGAUCUGCGUUCCAAAGUUGAGGUGUUCCAUACCAGUGAAGUAAAAGACUCACUGGACGACACGUGGAUUGUUAGCGGCAUGAGCCCGGAGCAGUCCAAGCUGUUGCGUGAGCACUCCCGACAGAAGGCGCUCUACAUUGAGGGUCCUUUCAACAUAUGGAUACGGAAUCGACGCAUCAAUUACUUUACGCUGCGCGCCGAUGCCGAUGCAGAGUUUCUGGCGCAGCUGGACGAGCGAGAGGUGGAUGAGGAUGAUGUUACCCAGAUCGGUGUGCCGUUCUUUGGACGUGCACCGCCGCGUCGCCACAACCAGCUGGGCAAGCUGCGCUCGGUCCACCAGCAGGACGAUGGCACCAUAUUCGCCAUCUGCGCGACUGGCACCUCCACCAAGGAUUCACUGCUUUCGUGGAUUCGUCUGCUCGAGGCGCAUGGCAAUGCGGCGCUAGGCGAAAUACCCGUACUCUUUAGGUUCACCUCGACCUUGCCCGACAAGGCCGAGCAAAUCGAAGGCCCCUCCAACAUGCCAGCGCACACCCGGGAUACGAGUAGCAAUAAGGAACAGUCUGGCAGUAGACCGUAGCGUGUUCUUUGAAAUAAA